CAGCUGCGUGUCACACUACAAAAAUCACUUCCCUGUGAGUUUACUAAGAAUUCUGGCUUACACCUGUUCGGGAGCCACGCUCAUAUUCAUGAGUGAUCACUUCUAGAAAGCAGUUCAAGUUCCUGACUUAUCUCUGUCAGUUUCUGUGCAGUGAGGGCCAUGCUGUACAUAGAGUUGAUUAAGCUGUGGGAUGAGGCAGUGAGAGCAAUAGACAGCCGGGACUGGCAGGGUGCUCUCACUAAACUCAACCAGAUCACAGAACACAACUUUCGCACUAUGUUUGUGGUCGCUUCAACACACAUUGCCCUGGGUCAAGUGGACUCGGCCAUUAAGGCUCUCGACCAGGUAAUUGCAAAGGAUUCAUGUCUUGCUGUGGGAUUCUUUCAGAGAUCUGCCGUUCAUACGAUGGCAAACAGGCUGGAGGAGGCAUUGGGUGAUUGUAUAUGGGCUCAGAAAUACAUGAGGGAAAACCCUGUAAUUGACUACAAACAGCUGGGUCUUCGCUAUAAAAUGUACAGCUGGCAGGUCCUUUAUAAUGCAGCAGCCGUCCACUCAAGACUGCAGCAAUGGGACAAAGCCAGGGAAAUUUUAACAGCGGCCUCAAAGGAGAGAGGAGCGGGCCGGAGCAACUUGAUAGACAUAGCUCUAGAGGCUAUUUCUAGGAGAGAGGUUUUGGAGCCUCUCUUGGUUCCUGAGGGUGAAGUGUUCCGUCCCAGGAAACAGGAGGUAGACCAGCUUAAACCGAGGGACUUCUUGGGUGAAGCUAAGGUCAUCACUUCUUUGAUUCCAAAUGAUGACUUCAGGGGUUUUGAUCCUCUCAGACCACAGAAACCGGGGUACUAUGAGCCAAAGGUAGAGGAUGGCCAGGACUCUCGUUACAUGAUAGUGAAGAGUGCAUAUGUGGCAAAAGGGGCAGGGGAGCUCGCAGUGCCUGCAGGAGCAGAAGUGUUUUUGUACAGUGAUGACGACAAAGAUGGACUGGCAGUCAUUAUUUAUGAUGGAAAGAGAGGUCUGGUUCCCAAUUUCCUGCUUGAACCAAUGGGCAAGAAAAACAAGGGUAAAAACAAGCGAAUUGAACUCGCCAGUGGCAUCCCACAUCCUCCAGCCCUAAAACCCCCAAAUCGACCCCAAGCUCCAUCUCAACGUUCAUUAGAGUUGCAGCCCUCCUAUGCCAGUGCUACCCACACAAUACCUCCUACAACCGGCAACUCCACCCGCGUCCCUACUCAGCAGGCCCAAACUUCACCUCAGGAGCCUGGAUCAGUCAUAGUCAAGGUGCACUAUACAUACACUAUGGCUCUAAGAGUCCCUUUAGAAACUUCUUUCCGGGAUCUGCAAGACAAAAUCGCUGAGAAAUUAGGACAGCCUGCAAUGAACGUUCGCCUCAGACACAGAAGGAAUGGCACCAGAGCACUAACACCACUAAAUGGUGAUGAUAGACUGGAUAGCCUGGAGGGUGUGGCUGAAUACGGACGUGCACGAAUUUGGUGUCAGAACGAGGACCCUCUGACCAACAGGGCCAUUCUCUAUCAGAUGGUGGCACUGUAUGACUACAAUGCACAAGGCCCAGAGGAUUUGGAAUUCAGUGAAGGCGACACAAUUGACAUUCUCAGUGAAGUGAAUGAUGAGUGGUUAGAAGGACACGUUGCUGGAAAUAUCGGCAUCUUCCCUCGAAGUUUUGCUCAUCGGGAGACAGACAGCAUCAGUGGGGCAUCAACAGAUUGACACAGCCUCUAAACAUCAACAGUGGCUGUAUUAGCCUUCAGUGAAUAAGAACUUUCACAUGUGCAGCGACAGUCUUGAGGGGUCCAUCUGUUAAAAAUUACAGUAUUUAUCGUCAUGCCAAAAUGUGCCUUCAGCUAACUGUUGUCUUUGAGCAUACAUUUUAAAACAAGAAAUCAAAAUAA